AUGCAUCCAAGUGCUGGAUGUUUGCCGUGUAAGUUGCGCAAGAAGAAGUGCGAUGGAGCAAAGCCGAUCUGCCGGGGCUGCCAGCGCAAUUACCUCGUCUGUGUUUGGCCCCCGACACAGCAGGUCCGUCCGCCUCGCAAAGGAGGGAUGCCCUCCUCCACCUUGACCAUAUUUGCUGUCGAGCCCCAGGAUCACCUACAGAAGCACACCCAGGCGAAGAAUGAGUCUGAAACGGCAAGGCGAUGUGCAAGGCUUCUCAAAGAAGAUUUGACCUCCAUUCCGCGAACCCUGCCAUCUAAUGGAUCGCUGAGACCUGAGUCAAAGUUUCUCCUCGACCAUUACCUUCACCGGACGGGCAAAAUGGCAUCUGCUCAUGUCGGCACCUACACGCCCUUCACCGAUGCAUUACUGCCUAUUGCUCAUGCAUCUGAUAUGCUGCUCGAUUCCGUCCUGACUUUCAGUUCCUUUCACCUCGCGGCCAGCAGCCCUAGCAAUACCACGGUGAACACGUUGGAGCAGCAGGCUCUCGCUCUACGAAGCCUCAAAUAUGGCAUCACUCGGUACUCUCGUGGGGAUGAGGACUUUGGGAUACCGCUAUUUCUUUCCAUGCUGUUACUUUGCUGUGUAGAGCUUGCCAACGGCGGCGAAAGUGGAAGCUCAUUCCAACAUCUGACUGCCCUUCGAAAGCUAGCUCCCAACAUCCUCAGCCGCCUGGACGAAGUACCUCGGGAUUACAAAAAUGCUAUAGUCUUUGGCAGAGAGCUCUACGCCUACUUCCUGGCUCUCGCGUGCAUCUGUCAUCCUGCGGACACAACCGACGCCAGCGUUAUUGACGAGUCAGCUUCCGUCUACUACGAAAUUUCAGCAUCGGGCUAUACAGGUGCUCUCUUCGGCUGUUCGGAUGCACUGUUCCGCCUCAUUCCGCAAGCUGUCGCUCUCUUGAAUGAGGCGAGAUCAAUACCUCUUGCCAUUCUCAUUUCGACCGCUUCACCGGCAAAGCUGUCAGAUUCGGAUCAAAGCUCACCAUUUGACGAGAUGGCGAUGCUAAGAUCCAGAAUUGCAUUGCUUUUGGCAAAUGUGUCCUUGUGGGAAGCACCCCUUGGAGUUGACGAUACCUUCCAGGCUAGCGGGAGGAUUCUCCAACUCGCACUGACAGCCAUCCUGUUGGAAGCUUCCCACUGGAUCAACAUCGCCACGCAGUUCGCGCCUCAUGAACUAGACGAGACUACCUCUGGUGACUUUGGCCGGGAACCAGCAUCGAACCUGGACCGGCUUAUUGCGCCAGUAGUGGCAGAAUUCAUGGAUCUCCUCGAAAAGCUCCCCGCGCAAUCUCAAAUCGUCACGACAAUGUGUUGGCCGAUUGUUGUUUUGGGCUCAUAUGUUACUCUGCCGCUUCGUAGGAACAUGGUGCGGGAUUAUUUGCUCGGCAUGGAGGCGACAUUCAAGUUUGCAAACAUGACCCGUUCACGACUGGUGCUGGAACACAUAUGGUCGAGGGUGCGUACGUUUGAAUUUGAUCGGCCUAUCACCAUCUCAGAGGCUAUGAUCGAAACAGGAGGGAGAUUCAUACUUGGAUAG